CCAGGUUGUUGGCCUGAGGUAGGACUACAUAGAUUUAAAUAGUGGAAUAGGGUGGUGGGGUUGUCAUGAGUGUAGGGUUAGAUGGUAGGGUAUUUUACUUUUUUCAUGCAAAGUAUAAAGGAUUUAUACUCCAGUCUAGUUGGUGGCGGUAAUUCAACAUUUAUUGGAUGCCAACCGCCGUUAAACCUCAUCGAAGAAGAAGAAGACGAAGAACGCUAAGCAAAAUCAGAGAUAGAGGUUUCAACCAACAUUUCUUUGAUAAAGCGAAAACAUAGACUUUCAUAACCAUUGCUAAUAUGUCAAAGCUACAGAUGUUGAAUAUGUUUGUCACCGAGCGUUUGUCGGCGGCUGCUGUGGAGAUAUUCGGAGCCGUGGAGAAGACCGUAGCAGAGUAUCAGGAAGAAAUCUGCCGUUCAGCGGAGGAGAACGAGCGUUUACGCAGGCUGUUGGAUUUGGUUAGCAAACCAGAGAUAAAGUUACACAGAGCAGAUUUCCAGGUACUGACUCCUGCCGUUCCCCCUGAGCAGCAGAACUGUGAGCAGGAGUGGAGCCCCAGUCUAGAGCAGGAGGACCCAGAACCCACACAGAUUAAAGAGGAACAACAGGAGCUCAGACUCAGUCAGGAGGACCCACCUCAGCCCUCACAUCUUUACCUAAACCAAACUGUGGAUGACGGAGAGAGGGGUAUUCUACCUAUCAUCAUAACUGAAGAGAUCAAAACAGAAGCUGAUGGAGAGGGCUACAUAGUACCAGAACCAACCAGUGAUCAGCCUCUCUCAGUUCAUCCAGACUGCUCUGCUGCAGUGGAGAAACCAUAUCGGUGUCAACAAUGUGACAAAAGCUUCACACGUAAGGGACACUUGACCAUCCAUUCAAAGAUACACACAGGAGAGAAAUCUUAUCUGUGCAAACAAUGUGACAAAAGCUUCAUCCAGAAAGGCGACUUGGACAGACAUACAAGGGUACACACAGGAGAUAAUCCAUAUCAGUGCAAACAAUGUGGCAAAAUGUUUAACCAGAAAGGAAGCUUGACCAUCCAUUCAAGGAUACACACAGGGGAGAAACCUUAUCAGUGCAAAGACUGUGACAAAUCCUUCAACCAGAAGAUGGAAUUGAUAUUGCAUAUGAGAGUUCACACAGGGGAGAGACCAUAUAAUUGUCCUGUUUGCAAGAAAAGUUACAUGGCGUUAAGCUAUUUAAGACUUCAUCAGCGUGUUCACACCGGGGAGAAACCUUACCAGUGCAAAGAAUGUGGCAAAUGCUUUGGUUAUAAAGGAAGCUUGAAGUCUCAUAUGAGCACUCACACAAAAGCUUCAGCCUGAAGUGAGAACAACAAAUGAUUACUCACAUGAAUUUCUUAUUACAUCCAACUUGUAAAUAAUUUAUGUUCUAUUUUCUGGCAUUUGACAACAAAACAAAUCUAGUUAUGUGAGAGGAGUGAUAAAACAUCCAUCAGUAUCAGAUUGGUAAGCUCAUUUUAGCUCUCACUUUUUUUGGAAACCUACCGGCCAGGACAAUGAGGGAAUUUGACAAUGCUGGCCUGGCUGAAAAGUGAUUGCAUCCUUUUUGAAACCAGGCUGCCUCACGGGCAUGAGCCACUCCUCCCUCACCACUUUUGCCUGGUCACAUGACAGGCCAUAGUCCGGUGCACCGCAGUUCAGCCUAAUCAAACUCCUGCACUGCUGGCUUCAGGAAGUCGUCACAGCUGUGUCUAGCAGAGCACACACUUGGAUUCCUAAAUAACAGGAGUUCUUAUUCAAUUGUUUAACAAUGACACAGGAUAUUUGGGCCACUAUCUUCUAUCUGUACGGAUGGCUGCAUGUUAGGAUAUUGAAGUAGCUUAUUAUGUCUUUGUUGACUAUAUAAUGCAGCAACUAUUUUGUAUGUUUUAUUUUUAAUUUUUUUUCGGGGGGUAGAUCAGCUUUAAUAUUGCAGACAGAUUGUGGCUUUCAAUGUAAUUGUCUGCAUCAUUUCCAAUCCCCCAUAUAUCUUUUUCUGUGUGUGUAUUUAUAUAUUUAUAUAUAUUUAAAUGUUAUUAUUUUCCCCUAACCCUACCAUCCCUCCCCUAAUUGGAGUAAACUAAUGGACAACAACACUUGGGCUUCUACUUCCAUCUUAUAUAUACACUAUAUACAUUUUACGGACACAGUAUAUUUUACAAUAGUUAUCUUUUGUUUGUUUUUAGUCCCUUCCUUCAGCUACCCUCAACCCCUCCCAUAUAUCUCUGAACACCAUCCAAUUUUGAUUUCUAUUUGCCAUAUGUUUUCCAAUUGUGCUGUUUCACAUACGUUCUGAAACUAUACACAUUUUGCGGACACUGUAUAUUUUAUAUUAGUUAUCUUGUUAUUUUUAGUCCCACCCUUCAACUCCACUCAACCGCUCCCAUCUAUCUCUGAACAUCAUAAAGAUUUGCCAGACCAAAGGACAGAUUUCCACCUGUCUAAUGUCCAUUGCUCGUGUUUCUGGGUCCAAGCAAGUCUCUUCUUCUUAUUGGUGUCCUUUAGUAGUGGUUUCUUUGCA